UACACUUGUGGCACAACGAAACAACACAUUGCUCAUCUCAUCGAAUCCUUCGUUCUUUCAAAAACAACAAACCCAACAUCCGGAAAUGGUGGCACUUGUAGAUUUGUUGCCAAAAGAAUAUGGCUUUGUGGCUAUUGUUCUUGUUAUCUAUUGCUUCCUCAAUUUCUACAUGACCUUUCAUGUCGGCAAAGCUCGCAAGAAGUACAAAGUGUUUUAUCCAACACUCUAUGCUUCUGAAUCUGAAAACAAAGAUGCCAAGCUCUUCAAUUGUGUUCAGAGAGGGCACCAAAACUCUCUUGAAACAAUGCCUAUUUUCUUCACGUUGAUGAUUUUGGGAGGGCUGAAGCAUCCAUCCAUUUGUGCUGCCCUAGGAGUACUUUACACUGUUGCUAGAUUUUUCUACUUCAAAGGCUAUUCCUCCGGCGAACCCAAGAACCGUCUUAAACUCGGGGGAUUGUUUAUGCCGGCAAUAUUGGGGCUUAUGGUGUGCACACUUUCAUUUGGCUGGAGUCUUGUCAACAAGCCUGCUAGCCACUGAUUUGAAGUUUUACCUCUACUAUCAUACCCUUUUGAUAAUGAGGUUUGGUGAAUUAUUAAAUAAAGUAAGACCAAGGACUGCAAAUAAACAAUGUAGGAUCAAAAUUUGUUGUAUUUGAUUUUCUUGAUAGCCUUUUUAUAUUACAAUAAGGACAAGUUUAGAGUUUCAACUUGUGGUUUUGGAUAUGGAUUACUGUUAUUUUAUGAACUUGACUAUUCUUCAA